UGUCAGGCCUGCUUCCACAACAAUUUUCCUCUUUUGAUUGACCACAGAAGUUUCUGCCACCAAAUGACAACAAAGCCAACUGUUUUGUUAUUGAUUUCAACUGCGCCAGAAAACCAGUUCAAGAGGAACGCCAUCCGACAAACAUGGGGCUCCAGGUGUCAGGAAGAUGGUUCACCUUUCAGGUGUGUGUUUGUGUUAGGGCGGCCAAGAUAGCAGCCAUAAAUGAAGAGAUUGAAGUGGAAAACAGCAAAUACAAUGACCUUCUGCAGUUUGGCUUUGUGGAUGCCUACUCUAAUCUUACUUAUAAAACCAUAAUGUCACUGCAGUGGUCAGUGGCUGAAUGCUCUGAUAUUCCAUAUGUGAUGAAAACAGAUGAUGAUAUGUACAUUAAUACAGAGCUGAUUCCUAAAAUGUUGCUGGCAGCUCCCAAGACUAAUUUUGUGGGUGGCUUCUGUUGGGGGAACUCAAGCCCUAGUCGAGAUGCCUCCUCCAAGUGGUAUGUCCCAUUCCAGACUUAUACCCGGUCACAGUUUCCUCCCAUGUGUUCUGGGACUGGGUACAUCAUGAGUCAUGAUGUUGUGACGAAUGUGCUUAAAGUAUCGGAGAAUAUACCUUUCUUUCACUUGGAGGACGUGUACAUUGCUCUGUGUUUUAAAAGGUAUGGAGUCCGUCCAAAAAGGAUCCAGGGUUUUAACAACAUGUAUGUGCAAUUUGAUGCAUGUGAGUAUAGAAGGUCUGUGAUGACGUCGCAUGAAGUUUCCCCAGAUACACUGACAAGGAACUGGGCACAGAUUCAGAGGUGCGAAGCCAGUACACUAGAACCCAAAGACUUAUUCCGAGAAGUGCAGUACCCUGUCACCUCCAAAUAAAGACAAUUAUUGUGAAUUAAGGAAUGCUAUUGAAAAUUUGGUGGUUUGUCAGCAGAGAAAAUGCAUAGCUAUGCCAGGUACUUUUUGAAUUAAAUUUAAAGUUGUAUACCGUUUUGGGUUGGAUUUGUUUCGUAAAUUUUUCUAAGGUGGAACUUAGCACAUUUUUUUUGGAAAUAUAUAGUAGAGGUCAUUGCAAGGAGAUUAUAUUUUUCAAAACAUUAAAAAUACAUUGAGAAUGCAGCAGGUGUUUUAUAUUACCCCAUAAAAGAGAAUGCCUUGAUAAUGGGAGCGCCUUUGUCUCUCCAUGUGUGUUUGUGAGAGAGGAGAGAUUUCUUGAGGAAAAAAAGCGAGUAAGUCUUCUCAGUAUUUAGGGAUUUUCUGGUAGAGAAACACUGUGAAUUGCAGCAGUUGUCUAGAUAGCUAUAUAUGCUUUCUUCAUGCACAUUGUCUUCAUCUAUUUGGUUAAUAUUGCUACUGGUUUUAUCAUCAGUGAAUGAGUCUUUUUCAUUUGCCAGAGAAAUAUAAGGGAGACCAGGAAUUUUUUUUAACUUUUUCACUUCUUUUUAUCACCUGUUUUAAUAAAAUCUUGUCCUUGUAUCAUCCAAAAUUAGGUCUUGAUAGACAUGAUCUUAUUUCAUGUUGGAUAAAGACGCGAGGCUGCUCAGAAUCUAAGAAUGUUGCUUUGCUGAUGCUACAGAUGGAUGUAAGGUUAUAUACCUGGAAACUCAGUCCCAGUUCAUAUUUGUUCUCUUUGCCUAUUAUUGUCCUCAUUUUGUUUUCUUCUUCCUGCUUGUUUUUUUUUACUUUUUCUCCAUCCAUCUUUCUCUCUUGCAGCUCAGACAAAAAAAACCAAAAAAAUGAUGGCGCUUAUACCCCACAUUUUCCUUUAAAGAUUAAUGUCUAAUGCAACUUGACGUGGGCCACAAGAAAAGAAGCGUACAUCUAUGAAGAAAUCCUUUUCCCCCUCUCAGUAAAGUGGUGUUUUGCUGUUCAUACCCUUGUGUUCAAGCUGAAAUCAGUUGGAACGCCUAAUAGUGAAGUGGUUAAAAUAUUCGCAUGUCACUAUUGUAUUGAGAGGCCCUGGGGUUCAGAUCUCGUCUUAGGACACUCUGUAUUGUGACACCUGUCUGCAGGGCUGGCUGCCCAGGUUUUCCCUGGGUACUCCGCUUCCCCCCAAAUCCCUCUUCCCUCAAAGUUUGAAAUCACCUCUAGGUAGAUGCACUUUCCUGCCAAAGCAAACAACCAACCAUGAAAUCAGUCCUAUAUUUACCCUGCCAUCUGUAAAUAAUGCAAUAAACAACAUGCCUUUGAAACAGACUCAAAUUAGUUCUGUCAAAACAAUUGUUUGCCUUUUUUAAAGGGAAAUCAGAGAUAACUAAAUAAUUAUGGACAUGAACCCCUUGACUGCUAUUUAGGUCAUCAAAGAAAUCAACCUGUUUUCAUGUGGUUGCUCCUACACAUCUUGAAAAAUAUCUAAAUGCAUAGAAUAACUCCUCCAGAUGCAGAAGGAUACCAAUGCAUGUGUUGUGGUAUUCAUGUUAAUGGAUUCUAUGCCACAUGUAUAUGCCAAAAGAUAUCUGUGUGUAUGAAAGAGUGUUGUUUGUGUGAGUGAGCUCUGACCUUAAGUGUUUCUCACCUUUAGUUUACAAAUGCUCAAAUUUUUUUUCAUUUUUUCAAAGACAUACAAGACUUCUAGGGAUCUAUUUCCUGAUCUUCUUGCUACAGUUUUGUAUGCUUGUGAAAGGAACUAAAAAUAUUGUAAACAAUUGUUUUUUCUGCUGUUUUCAUAUUUCAAAAUUAAAAGAAAUACUACAUUGGG